CGUCCCGCCUCUUUCCUCGAGCCGCACCACCUAGAGCCCUCGGUGCGCUCAAGGCCCGCCUCUUACGGAAGCCGAGGCGGAGGUUCUGAAUCCGGAAGAAAAACACCCGGCCUAGAGUGAGUUCUCCGGGACCUGACGCCGGGGAGGCUGAUCGUGCCAGGACGGGGUAGGGUUGGGGAGACGGGAGCCUGCCGCGCCACUGCGUGUGGACGAUGGCGGCCGUGGACCUGCUGAAGCCAACCGAGCCGAGAGACCAGAAGUUCAGUAUACAUGUUGCAACAUGGAACGUGGCCUCUGCAGCACCCCCGCUAGACCUCAAUGACCUGCUUCAGCUGAACAACCAGAACCUGAAUGUGGAUAUAUACAUUAUUGGUUUGCAGGAAAUGAACUGUGGGAUCAGGAGCCUCCUUUAUGACACUGCCUUUGAAGACCCAUGGAGCAGUUUCUUCAUGGAUGUGCUUUCCCCUCGGAGCUUCAUCAAGGUCUCCUGUGUCCGCAUGCAGGGGCUCCUGUUACUGGUCUUUGCCAAGCAUCAGCAUUUGCCCUUUAUCCAGAUCCUCUCUACCAAGUCCACCCCCACUGGCCUCUUCGGGUACUGGGGGAACAAGGGGGGCGUCAACAUCUGCCUGAAGCUUUACGGCUAUUAUGUAAGCAUCAUCAACUGCCACCUGCCCCCCCAUCUGGCCAACAAUGACCAGCGGCUGGAGCACUUUGACCGGAUCCUGGAGAUGCAGAAUUUUGAAGAACAUGAUAUCCCCAACAUCCUGGACCAUGACCUCAUUUUCUGGUUCGGAGACAUGAACUUUCGAAUCGAGGACUUUGGGUUGCACUUUGUUCGGGAAUCCAUAAAAAACCAGUGCUAUGGUGAACUGUGGGAGAAGGAUCAGCUCAGCAUUGCCAAAAAACGUGACCCACUGCUCCGAGAGUUCCAGGAGGGCCCCCUGCUCUUCCCACCCACCUACAAAUUUGACAGGAACUCCAGCAACUAUGACACCAGUGAGAAAAAACGCAAGCCUGCAUGGACCGACCGCAUCUUAUGGAGGUUGAAGCGGCAGCCCCAGGCUAGCCUUCACACCCCUAGUCAGCCAGCCCCCCACUUCUCCCUGUCUCUGAGGAGCUACAUCAGCCACAUGAUGUACUGCAUCAGUGACCAUAAGCCUGUCACCUGCACCUUUGACUUAGAGAUGAAGCCAUUGGUGUCUGCCCCACUGAUCACCCUGAUCCCCGAGGGCCUGUGGACCAUGGAGAACGACAUGGUGAUCAGCUACUCCUUGGCCCCAGACUUCCUCUACAGCCCCUGGGAUUGGAUUGGACUAUACAAGGUGGGGCUGCGCCACAUAAAUGACUACAUGACCUAUGUCUGGGUCGGGGACAAUCAAGUCUCUAGCAGUGACGGGCUGAACCAGGUAUACAUCAACAUCAGCGAUAUCCCCGAGACUGAGGAUCAGUUUCUCCUCUGUUAUUAUAGCAACAAUCUACAUUCUGUGGUGGGGAUAAGCAAACCCUUCCAGAUCCAGCCCCGUUCCUAUUUUGGGGAGGAUGCAGUGGGUCAAGCCCAUCUACAGAUGUGAGCUGGGAUAGGAGUGAAUCCAAGGUGGAGGCCAGAGCUGGCAGCCAGCUCUGCCUUUCCACUGCCAGGAGCACUGGGGGCCCAGCCUGCUCCCUGAGGAGGCAGCCAUACACCCUCCAGUUCCUGACUCCAGUUCCCUUAGUGAGCUCUAACCUGACAUCUCUGCUCUCUCCAGUCCACAUCUCUGGAACUGUCCGCUUAAGUACAGGUUUUUGUUGCUGAGAUGCAAGUGAAACCAGCUAGUUUGUCAACAGUGAAAACGUGAGGACAGUCCACAGGACGUGGGAAGGACCUUUCAGCCUGCAUCUCAUUUCUCCAUCCACCUCACCCCUACUCCCACAGUCCCGCCCAAGCCGGCCUGCCAGGCACAUGCCCCAUCUGGCACAGGGAUGCAUUCUUGUCACACCAUCCAGGGCCUCGGGCUGCCUGGGAGGGGAGAUGCUCACAUUUGUACAGGCUGCAUAGACGAGUUGGCACAAGCAGUGUCAGGGUCCAGAAGUCUUGGCAUUUCAUUGCUUGUCUUCCUGAGGGAUAGGCAGAGGCUCUGGGCUCUCUGCUUUCAGCAGGAGCAGUAUGGCUAAAUGGGCAGGGUGGAGGGGCCCCACUACCCAGCCUCUUCCAUAGGGAUCAUGGGCAGGUUGGUGAGGCUCUUUAUGCCAGCACAACCUUCCCCCUCGUCCCCUGCAUGGAGUCCGACCUAGGAAGUUCCAGGGCCUAAACAGAGAAUUGGAAGGGACGUGGUUAGCUUCUGCUAGUGGGGCAGGCCCCAGCCUCCAUCAACCUCCCCUCUUGUGAGGAUACGCAGGUGGUAGAGGAGAUGUGGCCACAGAUUUUUCCAGGGUGGUCCUUGACAGCUCCAGCUUAUCUGCCCCCUACCCUUGCCAGGAAUGACUGGGCAGAAACCAAUCUUCUCUUUGGACCUAGAAGUAAGGGUAGACAGGAGAAAGCCAGGAUCAGGACAUUUUGGAGGAUCUGGCCCUAGGGAUCUUCAGAGAACAUUCUCCAGGUGCUGCAUGGACAUGGCCUGUCCCCACUCCCACCACUUGCCCUGGCCAGUGGUGACUCAGCAGCCCUUCUUCCAGAAGACACCUCAGGGAGCGUGCUCUGUGACUGUUAACACCCAUCCUGCAACCUGAGACUGAGGGUCUCCCCAGCUGCUCUCUGUCAGUACUCUACCCUGGGAGCCAUGUGUAUCAACAGCUGCCCUCCUGGCUUCCAGCGGGCCAUGCUGUCUGUUUUCUGUGUCUGUUGCAUUGGGGAUGAUUAGAAACAUGGCUUUUAUACUCGUGUGUGACUCCUUCAUGAUGGUGGUGGGAGGGCAUUUGGAUGGUGAGCCUGGGACUCUGCUAGACUCCAGGGAGAAGAGCCCCGCAGGUCCAAACUAGAUUGACUGUGUCUAAGGUUGGCAUAUGUGGCCCAGAUGGGAAUGGGACGAGGCUCUGGGUGGUGGCCCCCUGGGUCCCAGGCCCAAUUAGGACACACAACUUACAUUGUUGGACACUUCGUUUACUCUGCUGUUAAGUAGAUUGGGUUUCUUGGAACUGAGAAGGCUCAGAGAAAAGGUGCCUGCUGUGCUUUCACUGGUUCAUCCUCCCUCACCCUCCACCUCUCACUGCCUAGUCUUGAGCCUUAUUUCUGGGUUAAGCUAUCCAAAUGUCAUCUUUUCUCUCUGCCCCACUUCCCUCGAGUUCCUUUCCUGCUGAGUUCUCCCCCAUGCAAGCCUCUAUCCCUGCCCCCAACAUACACGCAUCUGAGGUAGCCCAGAGCCCUCAGUGCCCCCAGUGUCCACCUUGCUCCUUCUCACAUGCACAGCCAUCAUGGUCACUGCUACAUAGCACCCUUCAUUUAGCAGAUGGGGAAACCAAGGCUCAGAGAAGAGGUGUGUCCCUCCAAAGUCACAUAGUCAACUGUGGUUGUUACGGCAGGAGCAGAAACGGGAAUGGAGCCUGGACACUGGUUCUAUUGCUACCCUCUUAGGAUUCUUAGUUGUCUGUAAAAUAUGAAUAAUGUACCUACUCACAAGAUUAUUGUGAGAAAAUAAUUGAAAAAAUAAAAAAGCAGUAUAUCCACAACGUACCCAUAUACCUACCUUCCCUUUGUAAACUCUGUUCUGAUGAAUGUAGCCCUGGGGCUGGGUCUCGGCCCCCCGACUCCAGGGGUUCACCCUUUUCUCCUCCUGCUUCUGGAGUAUGUCCACCUCUCUCCUUACGUCCUCAAGUCUUCACACUCCCCUACCCCUGCCUCCCUAGCAGGGCCCCUCUUUGCCCUGGGAGGGGUGAGUCUAGUAGUGAUUGAGAGGAGGGAAGGGAAAGGGGAGUGUUCUCCCUCCUUUUGGCCCCAGUCAGGAUAUGGCGGCUCUGGGCCCAGCCCUGACCGCUGGGUGGAAACAGGAAACAAGUGAGACUUGGUGUGCACUGGUGUCUGCACUUGGCUCCAUGGCUGAUAAGGGCCAUUGUGUGGCCGCCAGUGAUGAGACUGCCCUGGAUAGA